AUGACGCAAGAGACUGGACUAGACAGAAGACUGGACAGAAAAAGACUGGAGGCUCAGAAAGAAGACGGACACAGAAAAGAAGAUGGACUCAGAAAGAAACAGAAAGACUGGACACAAGAAAAGAAAAAAGACUGGAUCAGAAAGAAGACUGGACACAGAAAGAAGACUGGACUAGAAGAAAGAAACGGGACUCAGAUAGAAGAAUGGACACAGAAAGAAGAUGAGACUCAGAAAAGACUGGAACUGGACACAGAAAGAAGACGGACUCGAAAGAAGACUUGCUGGACAUCAGAAAGAAGACUGGACAGAAAAGAAGACUGGACUCAAAAGAAGACUGGGACUCAGAAAGAAGACCGGACUCAGAAAGAAACUGGACACAGAAAGAAGACGGGACUCAGAAAAAGAAAAAAGACUGGACACAGAAAGAAGACUGGACUCAGAAAGAAGAUGGACACAAGAAAGAAGACUGGGACUCAGAGGUCAGAGACUGGACACAGAGAAGACUGGACACAGAGAAAGAAUGACUGGACUCAGAGAAGACUGGAUCAGAAAGUAAGACUGACUCAGAAAGAAGACUGGACUAAGAAGACUGGACAUCAGAAAGAAGACUGGACACAGAAAGAAGACUGGACACAGAGAAGACAAGACAACAGAAAGAAGACGUGGGACAGAAAGAGACUGGACUCAGAAUAA